AUGGCGGAUAAAGGCUUUUACAUCAAAGUGGUGAACGAUGAGAAGGGCAAGGGAUUAUUCUCUAAUCGCGCAUUCAAAGAGGGGGAUGUAAUACUGGAGGAAAGACCCGUGGUUUGCUGUCAGUUCUUAUGGAACUCCGAAUUUGGAUAUUUGGCUUGUGAUCAUUGCCUCAGACCGCUGGAGACCGCAGACGAGAAUGUCCGACGACUGACGGGUAAUUCGAGCUUCGUUGCUCUACCACAUAGAGAAUGCUGCGAGGUAAAUAAGAGUUUAAUAACUGAAUGUCCCCUAUGCGGAGUCAAAUAUUGCAGCAUCGAUUGCCAAAAUGAAGCAUUUCAAAGAUAUCACAAUAUACUGUGCCUACAAUCAAGAGUUAAGGACGAGAGUCACCCUCUCAACCAAUUAUGUGAAACAUGGAAACAAAUGCAUUAUCCACCUGAAAGUGCAUCGAUCAUGUUGCUGGCAAGGAUGGUUGCUUUGGUUAAUCAGGCAAAUGACAAGGAAGAAGCCUUAGCAAUGUUUUCACAGUUUUGUCACCGUACUGUUUCCAAUGACACACAUGAAAUUGUACACUAUUUAUUAGGAGAAAAGUUUGUAGGCCAGAUCGAUAUUCUUCAACAAAUGAUGAAGGAAGCUCUUAAUAUUGAGUACACUGCACAUUGGUUCACACCAGACGGUUUUAGAAGUUUAUUAGCCUUAGUGGGAACAAACGGCCAAGGAAUUGGUACCAGUUCAUUCAGCCGGUGGGUGAAGAAUGUUUCCGCUUUAGAAUUACCCAAAGACGAAAGAAUUUACGUUGACAAAUUGAUAGAGAAAAUUUACGAUGCCAUGGAUGAAGCGGUAGGUCCUUUUUUGAAUAACGAAGGAUCCGGUCUGUACAUUUUACAAUCAUCAGUGAACCAUAGUUGCGUACCAAAUGCAGUUGUUGAAUUCCCCUAUUCAAAUAAUACUUUGGUAUUAAAAGCAAUACGUGAUAUAAAAGUUGGUGACGAAAUUUGCACGAGUUAUCUCGAUGAAUGCCAACUUGAAAGAAGUAGACAUUCCAGACAGCAGGCAUUAAGCUCCUUGUAUCUGUUCGUUUGUCAUUGUGACAAAUGCCAGGCGCAAGCAAACGAUCCUGAUGUAACAUCUGACGAGGAAGAAUCUGAUGAAGACUGAAUGGGAAAGAUACGAUAUAAUAAUAAACAAGAUAUUGGAUAUAUACACUGAAUAAUAUCUAAUCCCCACUAUGAACAAUUUUUUAAAGCUAAUAUCAAACUAUGCGCGUUUCAUGAUUUGAGAGUCACAAUUUACUGGUUAUAUAAGAUUUGUGAACAGUAUAAAUGGAUAGAUUCGUUGAUAAAAUUGCUAUUUGUUAUUUAUUAUUUGCAUAUAAUUCGCCAGUGGAAUAGUUUUUUGACAAAUGAAUCAUGCAUAGUCUGGUUUUAGCUAAACGGUGUCUCAUUACGCUUUAUAUGACUAUCAUACGUAUAACGCACCAAGUGAACUUUAUGUAAACUAGUGAAAAUAGCAUGUAGGAGAAAUACAUAUAUUGUUCAACAAAUGAAUUUUCAACAAAUGUACCUUAUUAAUAUAACAGUCUUUUAAUGGCAUUUCUAUGUAAUAACAAAGUUAUAUAAUAAAUUUAAUACAAUGUUCUCUA